AGUUCUAGAAGAUGUCCGCCCCAGGUCGCAACCCCCGCUCAGGCGGCAAUGUACGCAACUACCAACGCAACAUGUUGUCGCGGUUUGCCGCCGACUACGCUAGGAGAAGAGCUCAGGACAACUCCAAACCUGCUGAAGUGAUCGCAAGUCCCCCCAUCAGUGUAGAGUUGACGGAGCUUUAUGCCAGAGAUAACGCUAAAUCUCACCACACCGACCUCUUCGAGCUGGUAGUGGACACUCCGCCAACCCCGGUGCUGCGCCGGGGACAGGCCUUCUUCUUCGCCGUGAGGUUCAACCGACCCUUCGACAUCCACCAGGACCUUGUCCGUUUCAUUUUCGAUUUCGGGCCUAACCCUACUAUAACCAAGGGGACGAGGAACCUGGUCCAGCUGUGCGACAAGCGCGAACUGACUCUAGACAAGAGCAAGUGGGAUGCCAGGCUACAUCACCAGGACUCCAACACUAUCACUGCAGAGAUUCAGAUAUCAUCGACUUGUCCCGUGGGGAUAUGGCACUGCAGGAUCCAGACCACUACGGCUGGACAGGCGAGAUCUGAGAUCAAAGACUUUAACGUCGAGGAUGACAUAUACAUCCUCUUCAAUCCUUGGUGUAAAGAGGACGGCGUGUAUAUCGAGAGCGAUGCCGAACGGCAGGAGUACGUCCUGAACGACACAGGUAAGGUAUGGAAGGGGUCCUACAGACAGCCCAAGGGACGGCGAUGGAUCUUCGGGCAGUUCGACGAUGUAGUGCUGCCGGCAACCAUGUACCUCCUGGAGCAGUCUGAUGUACCUCACGCCAAUAGAGGGAACCCUGUGCAGAUCGCGCGGGCCAUCUCGGCCGUGGUAAAUUCUGUGGAUGAGGAUGGGCUGUUGAUAGGCAAGUGGGAUGGGGACUACAGGGACGGCACUGCCCCUCAGGCUUGGACUGGCACCGUGGCCAUCAUGGAACAGUACCUUCGGGAUGGAGGAGAGCCCGUCAAGUAUGGCCAGUGCUGGGUCUUCUCUGGAGCUGUGGUAACAGUGUGCAGGGCUCUUGGUAUCCCAUGUCGCUCAGUCACUAACUACGUCUCAGCCCACGAUACCAACUGCUCGCUCACCGUGGACAAGUACUUCACCAAGGAAGGAGAGUUGAUGGAGGGCGGUCCGGACGGCGAGUGCUGGGACUCCUGCUGGAACUACCAUGUCUGGAACGACGUUUGGAUGUCGCGUCCAGACCUUCCUCCUGGAUACGGUGGCUGGCAGAUUAUCGAUGCAACUCCGCAAGAGGCCAGUGGGGAUCUGUUCAGAUGUGGACCCGCGUCAGUAGAGGCUGUCUUGCGAGGGGAGGUCGGGUUCUUGCACGAUACUCCCUUCGUGUUCGCUGAGGUCAACGCCGACAUCUGUCACUUCCAGGAGAACCCCGAGUCCGACUGGGGGUUCUCGCGGCUCUCGCUCAACCAGUACCAUGUUGGUCGCAAGAUUGUGACUAAGAGUGUGGGGAAGGACGAUGAUGAAGGGGACGGAGACAUGGAGGACGUCACGGCUUUGUAUAAAAAUCCAGAAGGGUCUUUCGCAGAGCGCUUGGCUGUUCUGAAUGCUGUCAAGGGAGUACCCACGGCCCAGAAGCUUUACGAGAUCAAAAAACGAGAAACCGAAGAUGUCUCUUUUGAUUUGAUCGAAAUUGACCACGUCAUGUUCGGUCAACCCUUUAGCGUCACAGUACAUCUGCACAACAAGGCAUCCAGACCUCAUCAGGUGACCGCGGUUUUGUCCGCAUACUCUGUGUUCUAUACUGGAGUCAAGGUCCAUGGACUGAAGAGAGGACAAGCUGAGUUCACGCUGCACCCAAAUCAGAAGGAGACGGUGCGAAUCACAGUGAAGCCAGAAGAGUACGUGGACAAGCUGGUCGAUCACAGCCUCGUCAAGAUCUACGCCAUCGCCAGCGUCAAGGACACCAAGCAGACUUGGAGUGAAGAAGACGACUUUCAGCUGAUCAAGCCAAAACUUUCCGUCGAGGUGAAAGGCUCCCCAAAAGUCGGACAGGCGUGUCAGGCGAACUUCUCGUUCCAGAACCCUCUGAACAACGCCUUGUCCAACUGUUCCUUCAGCGUGGAGGGCCCCGGGCUGCAGCGGCCCAAGGUCAUUCAUUACAGGGACGUAAUGCCGAACGAAAUGGUUACAUUCUCCGAAUACUUCACUCCUAAAAUGGCGGGGAAACGAAAAAUCAUGGCGUCGUUCACAUCCAAUCAGCUGACGGAAGUGAUCGGCUCCACUUCCGUCCACGUGGCGGAGUGACUAUAAAUGGUGUAAUACAUAUGAACUACCACCGCUAUUUGUAACACUGAAGACAUUGUAACAUCAUUGGUAGUUAGUGUAACAAUGAUGUGUACUCAUAUUAACUUACUGUAUGCAUAUCGACUAUAAUCAGUACUGUAAAUAUAAAUGAGUUCUUGCUAUCUUAAUCAGUAGGUUAUGUUUUGUAUACGAUUAUAUGAGUAUAAUUCUUGAAUAUCUAUAUGUGUUAUUUGAUGUAUAACUAAUAAUGUGCUCGAAUAAUAAUAAAAGCUAUUGUACAAGA